GUCCCUCUUCUGUUCUACCUCAGGGUAAAAAAUGAGAAUUGUGUGGAGUGGACCAUCGAAGGAGCCUGGAUGCUACUGGAACAGCGAGUGGAGCACAUGGUGCCCGCCUUCCUGGGUAGAGACCCCACCUACCUCUGCACAUUCUUGGGAACGUAGAGAGCUUUUGCUACCACCCAACAGGUCCUGGACCUACUGUUUAAGAGAUAUAGCUGCUUCCAUCCUGACGCUGAGGAGGAUGGCAGACCCCGGGAGCAGGAGAAAAUGUGAGUAGGCUGUACCCAUGCUGGCGGGCCUUCCGUCUCCAAGAGGGCAGUGCUGAGACUGUGCGUGGGAGGGGCUGCAGGGCCCAGCAUCCCACACAUCUGAGAGUCCUGUGAGAGGGCAAAGGUCUGAGGGCUUCUCCCUGGAAGCAAGGUAAGGGGUCCUGUCCUGUAGGUUAGAGGAUAGGUUGUGGGCACAGUGAAACAGAAAAGGGCGCCAGAGGACAGAGUCAGCCCCUUAGAGAGCCCAACCCCUUCCCUUCCCACUCACAGGCUUGCCUCCACCCCAUAUGGGAGCCCAGAAUAAAGGUUUUGGGGAGCAUCACGCUCACCACCUUGUGGAACAUCAAUAGUGUGUGCUUGUUUAGCAAGGGUUCAGGAGACACAGUGAGGGCUCAAGGACCACAUAUCACCCACACCAUGGGAGACCAGUGUCAGUGGAAGGACACUCACACGUGCACUGAGUGAAUGAGUCACCAUAUAGGCACAGGUCGUCAUGUUUAAGGUAUGAGGAGGGUCCAAAAAGCCCAAGUAAGAGACAGAGUCCCUUUGUCCCGUAUUUGUUCGGAUUUUCAUAGAGCGCUAGUAUAUUCAGUGAAGGCACUGACUCAUCCUGGCACCACCCCUCCACUCACGCAUGGAAUUGAAUUGUAGCGGGAGGUAGGGAGGGGGACACACCAAAGAGUAUGUCUGGCUUCCCCAAGAAGGACAGAGACGACCACAUCAUUGGUUAAGGGGUUCGCGUCAAAUAGAAUUUUGACAGUCCCUCUUCAGUGAUCAGGACUCUCUCAGGCAGGACUUCUUCCAAAUCACAGGUGGACAAGGUGUAGGGACAGCCUCUGGACAUCCAGGAUCAGGAGGCAAGGAUGCCAGGUCCCACAGAGGUGUCCUGAGACAUCAGAGUGUUAGGAACACCCCAUGUUGAUUGUUCUGGCCACUUUUGUAUCCCCAGGGCCUUCUCCAUACUGGGCACCUGGCUGGACCAGUACCCCCAGGAUUUUUUCCAGCCCCCACAUUUCAUCAGGCUGAAGAUGCUGCAGGCAUAUGUAGGGGUCCACAUUCCAGGCUCCGAACUGCAGUGCUGUGCCCGCCUUCUCUGCUCAUCGCGGAGAAACCGUGAGCCCAAAGAGCCAGAGUCUUGGGGUGAGGAGGACUCUGAAUGGGAGAUGCGGGCAUAUGGAGGGGAUGGGGUAUGCCACACAGAGCACAUUUCCUGAGGCUGCGGCUGGGCUAGAAGCAGUGCGUAGUAUCAGAUCACUGUUCGAUUAGCAUGCCAUCUGGGGAGAAUUCCUCCUGAUGGGUUGUUGGACUCAGAUGACAAUGUCUGCGGGAGAGGUUUCCUUUAUUAGGAAUGGCCCUGGAAUGGCAAUCACAGUGAUGACAGUUUCAAUUCUUGAAGCUAAGGCACAAAUUCCAGGGCAAGAUCCAGACGUCCCUCAGGAGCUAGCACCUGAUAUCUCUGUGGUGCCCGCUGCAGCUUCGCAGCCCAAGUUGGCUGAAGACACCACUCACCCUGGAGCUCAGCAAUUAGAAGAAUCAGUGACCCUCCAUGCAGCAUCCCUGCCAGUGCAGGUGUUAGUCGCAGCACUAAUUCACUGUCAGGAGCUGGAAGAGCCACCUGCCCCCUUGGUGGACCCAGAACCUGAGAAGCUUCCAUCCCCAGCUGUUGGGGUCAUGGAAGGGCUGGAGCAACCACCUGCUGCAGCUUCGCAGCCCAAGCUGGCUGAAGACACCACUCAUCCUGGAGCUCAGCAAUUAGAAGAAGCAGUGACCCUCCCUACAGCUUCACCACAAGUGCGGGUGGUAGUCCCAGUUUUGAUUCACUGUCAGGAGCUGGAAGAGCCACAUGUCCCUUUGGAGGACCCAGAAGUUGAGCAGCCUUCAGCCCCAGCUGUCGGGGUCGCGGAAGGGCUGGAUCAACCACCUGCUGCAGCUUUGCAGCGCAAACUGGCUAAGGACACCACUCAUCCUAGAGCUCAGCACAUAGAAGAGUUGAGCCUCCCUGCAGCAAACCCACCAGUGCAGGUUGUAGUCCCAGCUCUGAUUCACUGUCAGGAGCUGGAAGAGACACCUGCCCCGUUGGUGGACCUACAGCCUGAGCGGCCUCCAGCCCCAGCUGGCGGGGGCAUGGAAGGGCUGGAGCAACCACCUGCUGCAGCUGAGCAACCAGCCUUAGCUCCCGAGCAGCGGCUCAUGUUGGCUGCAGCCCCAAAGGAUGAAUUCCCUUCCGCUGUCAUUGCAGUCUUCGUAAUUUUUGUGGUUUGUAUAGAGAUAUUUAACGGCCUUAUGUAUUUUCUUUGUAAAUAAAACAUAA